AGGAACCUCCCGCCAGGAACCCCGACGCGCUGCGGAGGCUCUCUGGAGGGGCGGGGCAGCGGCGCGGCGGGUCCUGACGUCACCCGGCGCUGGGCCCCGCCGCGCCGCGGCUGCAGCAGCAGAGCUAGCGAGCAGCCUCCGCCGGCGGCCUGACCGGGAACGCAGCGCUCACGGCCAUGGCCUCGGGCCCCCCGGAAGCGGACACGCGACAGAGGCUGCUGCGCACUGUCAAGAAGGAGGUGAAGCAGAUCAUGGAGGAGGCCGUCACACGGAAGUUUGUCCAUGAGGACAGCAGCCACAUCAUCUCCUUCUGUGCGGCUGUGGAGGCCUGCGUCCUGCAUGGGCUGCGGCGCCGGGCAGCUGGUUUUCUGCGCAGCAACAAGAUUGCAGCUCUCUUCAUGAAAGUGGGCAAGAACUUCCCACUGGCCGAGGAGCUCAGCCGCAAGGUGCAGGACCUGGAGCAGCUGAUCGAGAGCACGCGAAACCAGAUCCAGGGCCUCCAGGAGAAUGUGCGGAAGCUUCCGAAGCUGCCCAACCUGUCCCCACUCGCCAUCAAGCACCUGUGGAUUCGCACUGCCUUGUUUGAGAAGGUGCUGGACAAAAUUGUGCAUUACCUGGUGGAAAACAGCAGUAAGUACUACGAGAAGGAGGCCCUCCUGAUGGACCCCGUGGAUGGCCCCAUCCUUGCAUCUUUGUUGGUGGGGCCCUGUGCCCUAGAGUACACCAAGAUGAAGACUGCAGAUCACUUCUGGACUGACCCCUCGGCAGACGAGCUCGUGCAGAGACACCGCAUCCACAGCUCGCACCUGCGGCAGGACUCACCCACCAAGAGGCCAGCCCUCUGUAUCCAGAAAAGGCAUUCGAGUGGCAGCAUGGACGACCGACCAUCCCUUUCUGCCCGUGACUAUGUGGAGUCCCUGCAUCAGAACUCCAGGGCCACACUGCUCUAUGGCAAGAACAACGUUCUGGUUCAGCCGAGGGAUGAUAUGGAGGCUGUGCCAGGGUACCUGUCCCUGCACCAGACAGCUGAUGUCAUGACCUUGAAGUGGACACCGAACCAGCUAAUGAAUGGGUCGAUGGGGGACCUGGACUAUGAAAAGAGCGUCUACUGGGACUAUGCCAUGACCAUCCGCCUAGAGGAGAUUGUGUAUCUGCACUGCCACCAGCAAGUGGACAGCGGCGGGACAGUGGUGCUGGUCAGCCAGGACGGGAUCCAGAGGCCGCCCUUCCGCUUCCCCAAGGGAGGACACCUCCUGCAGUUCCUCUCGUGCCUGGAAAACGGGCUGCUCCCUCAUGGGCAGCUGGACCCUCCACUCUGGUCUCAGCGGGGAAAGGGCAAAGUAUUUCCCAAGCUGCGCAAGCGAAGCCCUCAGGGUUCUGCCGAGUCCACGUCUUCAGACAAGGAAGAUGACGAGGCCACAGAUUACGUGUUCAGGAUCAUCUACCCCGGCAUGCAGUCUGAAUUUGGAACAGGGUCUGGAGCCCUCUCAGCCUGUUGGGAGGACCAUGAGUCUUACCGCCCCACCAGAGAGCUGAUUGAUCAGAGGAGCCUGAUGCCUUGGGCCUGCCUUCCCAGGAAACUCUGUGCACAGGGGCUCAUCCAACAAACAAUGUUUGCUCCUGAUCCCCUGGGCAGCACUGUCUUCAAUUCCGUGAGACCCGCCUGGAUGGUGGUUCCUGCCGGCCGAUCUGUGCUGGUGGUGGCCAGGGGCGGUCCAUGGGCACGAACUGGAUGGGGCACCGCCUUCCCCAGGCCGGGCCUGAUGCAGCAGCCCCCCAUCCCCCAGGACCUAAUGGAUGUCUCCGUGAGCAACCUACCACCCCUAUGGCAACCCAGCCCCCGGAAAUCCUCCUGCUCGUCCUGCUCACAGAGUGGCUUGGUCGAUGGCGGCUCAUCCAAUGGCUGCAACCAUGAGAGGGCCCCGCUGAAGCUCCUCUGUGACAACAUGAAGUACCAGAUCCUUUCCAGAGCCUUCUAUGGAUGGCUUGCCUACUGCAGACACCUGUCCACUGUGAGGACCCACCUGUCAGCCCUGGUCAAUCACAUGAUUGUGUCUCCGGAUUCACCCUGCGAUGCUGGGUGUGGGCUGACGGCCAGGAUCUGGGAGCAGUACCUUCAGGACAGCACGAGUUACGAGGAACAGGAGCUGCUACGCCUUAUCUACUAUGGGGGCAUCCAGCCAGAGAUCCGCAAGGCUGUGUGGCCCUUCCUCCUGGGCCACUACCAGUUUGGGAUGACAGAAGCAGAACGGAAGGAGGUGGAUGAGCAGAUUCACGCGUGCUAUGCACAGACCAUGGCCGAAUGGCUGGGCUGCGAGGCGAUCGUGAGGCAGAGGGAGCGGGAGUCCCACGCAGCUGCCUUGGCUAAGUGCUCAUCGGGGGCCAGCCUGGACAGCCACCUGCACCAGAUGAUGCACCGGGACUCCACCAUCAGCAACGAGUCUUCCCAGAGCUGCAGUUCCGGCCGCCAGCAUGUCCGCCUGCAGAGUGACUCCAGCAGUGGCACACAGGUGUUUGAGUCUGUAGAUGAAGUGGAACAGGUGGAGGCAGAAGGCAGGUUGGAGGAGAAACAGCCCAAGAUCCCCAAUGGGAGCCUGGCAAACGGCACCUGUUCCCCUGACUCUGGCCAUCCCUCUUCCCACAACUUCUCCUCGGGCCUCUCGGAGCACUCGGAGCCCAGCCUGAGCACAGAAGACAGCGUCAUGGACGCCCAGCGGAACACCCCCCUGGCGCGUAGACCUGGGGACAGCAGCGUGGAUGAUGGGCAGAGCAGCGAGGCCACCACCUCCCGAGAUGAGGCCCCCCGCGAGGAGCUGGCUGUGCAGGACAGUCUGGAGAGCGACCUCCUUGCCAACGAGAGCAUGGACGAGUUCAUGUCCCUCACUGGCAGCAUGGACGUGGCCCUGCCCGGGAAGGAGGGGGCCACCAUGGAGCGCUGGCGGGGUGGUGAGGUGGAGAAGCACAGCCAGAUGGACAGCGAAGACAACCUCUCAGAAGAGCCUGAGAUGGAAAGUCUCUUUCCCGCCCUGGCUUCUCUGGCCGUGGCCACAUCCGCCAACAACGAAGCGUCACCUGUGUCUUCCAGUGGUGUCACUUACUCUCCGGAGCUCCUGGAUCUGUACACGGUGAACUUGCACCGCAUCGAGAAGGAUGUGCAGAGGUGUGACCGCAACUACUGGUACUUCACACCUGCCAAUCUGGAGAAGCUGCGGAACAUCAUGUGCAGCUACAUCUGGCAGCACAUUGAGACCGGCUAUGUCCAGGGCAUGUGUGAUCUCCUGGCUCCACUGCUGGUCAUCCUAGAUGACGAGGCCCUUGCCUUCAGCUGCUUCACGGAGCUGAUGAAGCGAAUGAACCAGAACUUCCCCCACGGAGGUGCCAUGGAUACGCACUUUGCCAACAUGAGGUCGCUGAUCCAGAUUCUGGACUCAGAGCUCUUUGAGCUGAUGCAUCAGAAUGGGGACUACACCCACUUCUACUUCUGCUACCGCUGGUUCCUGCUGGAUUUCAAGCGAGAACUCAUCUAUGAUGACGUCUUCUCUGUCUGGGAGACCAUUUGGGCAGCCAAACACGUCUCAUCCGCCCACUAUGUCCUCUUCAUCGCGCUGGCUCUGGUGGAGGUCUACCGGGACAUCAUCUUGGAGAACAAUAUGGACUUCACGGACAUCAUCAAAUUCUUUAACGAAAUGGCCGAACGGCACAACACCAAACACGUCCUGAAGCUGGCCCGGGACCUCGUGUACAAGGUGCAGACUCUGAUCGAGAACAAGUGAGGGCCUGCUCCCCUGGGCCUUGUCUGCUGAGCUGCCAUCCGCCUGCCCAGCCCACUUUUCACUCCCGGCUGCCCUGGGAGCGAGGUCCCGGUGUCUGUUCAUGAGCGUGGACUUCUGUGCAAAGAGAAACUACCCCAACUUUGGCCACCCAGGCAGGUGGGGUCGAGGGGUUGCCCCUUCAGUUCAGCCUUACGUUUUCCCGUUUGACCAAAGAUUGCCCGAGUCUGGGAUUCCUCCCUGCGGGAGUUGGGGUGUGUCAGUGGUCAGAGGGAGCCUUUUCGUGGAUGGCCUCCAGAAGGGUCGCCUCUCUUAUUCUGUCCCAAUGCCUCCAAGUUGCUCUGUCAGAUGAGACUUGGGGAGGGAAUUUUGGGGGGAAUUGGUGUAGGAGAGGUCCAUGGGACUACCUCUGUGCUCUGGAAUGGGCCUUCGGAGAACAGAACAUGGCUGGAAGGUUAGCUUAGUGCAGUUUUUGUACCUUGGCACUGUUGACAUUGGAGCUGGAUAAUUCUUUUCUGUGGGGGCUGUGUAUUGUAGGGUGUUGAGCAGGAUCCUGGCCUCUACCUGCUAGAUGCAAGUAGGGCCCCCUCCCCAACCCAGUUGUGACAACCAAAACAUUUCCAGAUAUUGCCACAUGUCCCCACUGGAGAACCACUGAUGUCCCCGAGGGCUUCCCAGCGUAUCUCCCUCCCUGCCUUUUCUUGACACUACGUGUGGCCUGAGGUCCCUUCCCAUUCAGCAGAGGCCUGCAGGAGUCCACAUCCAUCUCGGGAGCCUGGAUACCAUUUGCUCUAUUCUCUCAUUUUUUUUCUCCUCCACCUGACCCCAGGAGAGACUUCUUUUCUUUCUUUUCAAGAAAGUCCUCUCCCUGGAAGGGUAAUGGAGUGUGAGACACACCUGAGGAGUGGGACAGCCUGAGGCUCCUCGGGGUCCUGCGCAGAGCCCCCACCCCCUCCCAGACAGGGCAGAGACCUCAUCCCUUCCUUCACCUCCUGGGGAAGACCUCGCCUCCCCUUCAGCACGUGGGGUCUGGUGCUGCGGAAGCUUAGAAGGUGUGUGUUGAUGAAAGCCCCUUCUAGAGAAGUCAGAGAGGCUGGCUUUUCCCUAGGUGCUUGGCUCGCUCAGGACAAAGGGGCAUAAGGAAGGCAGAGGUCAGCCAGGUUGACUGGGACAUGUGUUUUCCUUGGCAAACAUGCUGAUGACUUGGGACCAGAAUCACGGCUCAGUCUGGGAACAGUCCCCCAUGUCAUCAUGGAGAGGGCUGCCAAUCACGGACAGCCGCUGAGCUGGCUGGUUCACCCUGCCCACCAGUCCUUCUGUAGGAGUGUUCUGAGAAUGCUUGGGAAUCUGGAGAAGCAGUCUCGGGUUGGAAGUCUCCUCCCCAGAAUGGCAGGGAGGAUUUGGGAGAGGGGAGGAGACUCAAAGCCCAUCGAAGCCCUUACAGAGAGGAUAUGUUGGUCCUCUGUCCUGAGCAAACCAAGAUGGGAAGGAACCCCUGCCCUGCGUGCUUGUGAAGGUUAAUCCCUCCGUCCCAGUGCCUUCCACUGUAUCCAACCCCCUUCGUCCCUGCCGUGGGGGCUUCUUGAGCAGUAUGGGGAAGAUCUAAAUGAUGCUUGCCUCCAAAGAGUGUGCUCCAUGACAAUCGUGUCUCCUUGAUCUGGUCCCCUGCCUUCCCAAGACGGGGAAAAUAUGUGCAAAACCCCCCUUUGGUUCAGAGUGUAUCUAGCCACUCAGCUGUUCAUUACGGAGGACAUUAUUUCAGCAAGACCCAGGUCCUAGACCUUCCAACUCAUAUUUAUUUUCUUGACAGACCUGUCACAAAGUACAGCACACAGUCCCUUCUCCGCCUUCUCUCUCGCGGUGUUCCAGAGAAGUGUCCAUGGUUGUGAUUUGGAACAUCGCCUAUUUAUUCGGCUUACUGUGCUUUUUUUGGUCUCUGUACAUCGUGCAUGUCCUUGUGUCCUGGAAAUCGAGUGUGUGGGAAGUUGUCCUGUCUAUGGGGUGCCCGCCUCCUUUUUUCAGUGUUGCCAAUGUAUCUUGUAACUCUUUACUGAAGAGUUGUGUCUAUAUAGAGAGAAAAUAUAUAUAAACAGAGAAA